UCGCCGUCGUCCCUUCAAAGCUCACCCCAAAUGUCGUACGUACGUCGUUCUCCAUCGUACUGUAAUAGCUUUGUUUCUGCAACAGCGAGAUCUGUCUACUAUUGUGAAGUACGAGUAUCCCGAGCAGGCGAGCACAGAUAAUCCGCCUGACGCGGCGGCGGCUGCGUUACUUCCCCAUCGAUCGCGACGAACGAUUCGUUACCCCAGCGUAGUACGGCGUGUGUAAAUGAGGAGCCGCGGUCUGAUAGUUUGAAACGCAUCGAGUUCUCUGGUCUCACAAAAAUCAGGUGUGAAAUCCGGGAUCGAGCGGCUUUUUCAAAAAGUUGUGAGUCGUCAGCCGCCGGCGUGACGGUAGCCGCUGCCGCCAUUGCCGCCGUUUUUUCCGGAAUGGACUCUGCUGCGACUCUCACCGCCAUGGAUUUUUGCGUCGAUUCUGGUGCCGCCGCGAAUCGCGAUGCUAGCAGCAGUGGGGACGGGAGGGAACAAGGUGGGGAGGAGGAGGGUUGCGCUGCUGCCACGGAGGCUGCGCAUAAGUGGAAAAAGUACUCCCAUAAACGCUUGUCUCACGGUUUGAAGAGGGUAUACUUCCACUGCGCCUUCAAGGCCGUCACGGGCUGCCCGGCCAAGAAAAUUGAAGACCGCUGCCCGGGGAAACCCCGUCGCAGCAGAUCGCAAGCCGCCGCGCGGACUGCAGGCGGCAGCAGCGGCGACCGCGGCGAGACCGGCGGCGGGACCGGCGUCGGCGGAGGCCGCCGCGCGGGGUCGAAUGGCGCUUGCGGCGCAAGACGAAUCGCCGAGCAUCGACGCGGGAGUGCCGUUGCCGGCGCCGGCACCGGCGGUGGCGGUGGCGGUGGCUAUCGCGGGAGUGUGGAAGCGGAGGAGGCAGAGGCGGAGGCGGAAGCGGAGGAGCGAACAGAGAUGACGACGGUAGUUUCGACGACGUUCGCGCAUAAACACAACCACCCAGCACCUUCGACGCGGGGGCUUAUUAGUGAUAGUUCUACUAGUAACGACGGUACUACCGCUGCCAGUGCUGCUGCGGUUACGAGUAACGAUGAAAUCGUCGCACGGCAGGGAGCCGCCGUCGCACAACGAGCGUCGCCUCGACCGCCGUCUCCGCCGGCGUCAGCGAAUGUCGCCACGGCGACUGUCGCAACGGCGGCUGUUGCUACGGCGAUUGGGGACGCGGUUUCAACGGGGCAAAGUGGGGGUUUGAUUCAGAUUCCGCCGAGCUCGAGUCAUAAUAUCUCGAGUUCAGGUCAGAGUCACUUACCUUCCGUUCUCGAGCCGCUUCGAGCUGAGUAUACCGCCGCAGCGGCGGGGACGCCGCCCGCGCAGGCGGGAAACUGGCUAACAUCAGGCUUUAUUGAACGAGCGUCAGAUGCUGCUUCGGAUGCGGCGAGACUGAUGACGAGUUACGAUGUAACAGCACGAGAAUCAGGUGUACGAGCUGCAUUGGCGAACGUACAGCAGUUCGCGAACGGACAACUGUCUCGGUCGGGUUCGCAAUCUCAAGUUUUGGGGUCGCACACUCGUCAGGUUGUUUCACACAGCCAGGCUUCAUGUUCGGAGAGUCAAGAAGUUGGGUCGCACGGUUUCUUUCUUCGUUCGCGAAGUGAUGCCGCGUCGUUUCCAAGUCAGCAGAAGCACGAAUUUUGCCGAACUGUUGACAAUAGUAACGGUUACCAGCCCUUCGCUGAGCUUCCCACGACGCAGCAGCAACCGCCUCCGGGUUACUGUACACUCUUAAUGGAUAUCAAACCUGAUAUGGAUUUAAGAAGUCCGAUUGAGUUUUCAGGUGUAGAUGAGUCCAACCAAGGGCGGGACAUCGAACCUCUAGUGGAGUAUGAGUUUGUUCAGCAGCAGCAGAAUCAGCAGCAGACCCAGCAGCAGAAUCAGCAGCAGAAUCGGCGGCAGACCCAGCAGCAGAAUCGGCGGCAGCAAAAUCAGCAGAACUGGCAGCAGCUAUACAACCAGCAACAGAAUAUUCUUUACUUUCAGCAGCAAGAAACACCGCAAUUAAAGUCGCAACAGCAUCCGCAUGUUCAGCAGCAACAAAUAGAGCAACAGCACAGUAAUUACCAACAGCAGCUGCAGCUGCCGCAGCAGCAGCACCCACAGCUGCCGCAGCAGCAGCAACAGCAGCCACGUCACCAACCGUUUCGGCAGAAUCAGCAGCGACACAUUCAGCUCGAGCACCGGCAAGAACAGCAGCAGCAACAACAGCAGCAGCAGCAGCAUCACCAGCACCAGCACCAGCACCAGCAACAACAUCAGCACCAGCACCAGCAGCACCUGCAGCAACAGCAACAAAAACAAGAGCACCCACAGCAACACCAACAGCAACAGCAACAGCAGCAACAGCAAGGGCAACAGCAGCAGCAGCAGCAGCAGCAGCAGCAGCAGCCCUUCACCAUUCCUCUUGCGGCAGCUGUCAGGCCAGACACUGUUACCACCAGCGUUACAAGCAUCUCCGUUACACGGACAACCAUUACAAGCACAUCAUUGAGCGAUGUCAGCGAUGCAGCAAACGCUAAUCAGAGCGCACACAUACCUGAACAUAUACCUGAACGCAUACCUGAACACUGCUACUCAUCCGAACACGACGCUACGGUGCUAUUAUCAGCUGCGGGCAAUGUCACGCUGCAUGAUGAUUUUCACAGCUCCUUCCCUGCAAGUAACGCCAGUAUGCUUUACUCAACAGCCGGCUUCAAGGCGACACAACAGGCCACGGACUUGCUACCUUUCAGACAGGCCCCCCCGUGCGUUCCCGCUUCCCCCUCCUCCUCUGCUCCCAACUACCCUUCGUUCUUCCUGCCUCCUGAAACGCCUCAAUCCGCCGUGCCUUUCCCCGCUUCUGGUUUCGAGGCGGCACAACAGCAGGCAGCUGACCUGCCCCUCACACGCCCUUCUCCGUGCAUCCCCACUUCCCCCUCCUCCUUCUCUGCUCUCACGCCUCAAUCCGCCGUGCCUUUCCCAGCUUCUGGUUUCGAUGCAGCACAACAGCGGGCCUCUGUCUUACCAGUGAUCGUCGAGAAUUGUCAAAAACCACGUUUCGAGGCGGCAGAACAGCAGGCUAGUGUCUUGCCUCCCAGGCGCGCCUCUCCUUGCAUCCCCUCUUCUCCCUCCUCCUCCUCUGCUCCCAACUUCCCAACCGCCAUACCACCACCCUCUGAGGCGCCUCAUAAUGUGACUAUAGGGAACCGUGCCUCACCACUACCCUCCGAGGCCCAUCACAAUGUGACUCUAGGGAACCAUGCCGUACCACUACCCUCGGAAACCCCCCUUAAUGCGGCUCUAAGUAACCAUCUGCCCUCACUCACUUCUUUCGCACAUGCAUCCUCCGUCAGUUCCUUCGCCUUCCCCCUUUCCCGUCCACCGUACUCUAAUUCCCUCGCCUUACCAUCUCAGGGCCCUGUCCUUCUGCCUGUCCUUCCGCCUGUUGCUCCUCCUAUCCCUCCGCUUAUUCGUCCGCCCGUUUCAAACAACUCUCACUUGCCCCUACAGCAGCAGGAGCAGGAACAGCAGCAGCAGCAGCAGACCCAGCAACAGCAACAGCUACAGCUACAGCAGCAACAGCAGCAGCAGCACCCCUUGGUUUCAAACUACUCAGGCCAGCCAGAGAAGCAUGCACCGGAGCAACAGCACGAUCAGCAUCAACAGCAGCAGCAGGAACAGCAACAGCAACAGCAACAGCAGCAGCAGCAGCAGCAGCACCACCACCACCACCAAGAGCACCAGCACCAGCAACAGCAUCAGCAACAGCAUCAGCAACAGCAUCAGCAUCAGCAACAGCAACAGCAACAGCAACAGCAACAGCAACAGCAGCAGCACCACCGGCAAAAACAUCAGUGCCCCCUCGUUUCGUCUCUUCCACACCAGCCAUUGCCAAGCACACCACUGGCAGCUGUACUCGUUACAAGCACAACCGCGCUCAUGGGUUUGGGGCAGCAGGGAAGCAUGGGGAUGGGGCGGCAAGAAAGCAUGGGGAUGGGGCAGCAAGAAAGCAUGGGUUUGGGACAAGCACAGAAUGGCUCCCUUCCAUCUCUUCACUCUCUCCCCUCGUUUCGAACCCUCCCAUCCCUGGGAGCCCAUACAUCCCCCCCUGCCCCGCCAAUCUUCCCAUCCCAUGCAUCCCUGCCCUCCCUCCCACCCCAGACAUCCCAUCCACCCCAUGCAUCCCUCCCACCCCAUGCACCCCUCCCACCCCAUGCACCCCAACCACCCCAUGCACCCCUCCCACCCCGACCAUCAACCACCCUUCACCCACCGGUCGAGCCAGCAACCCACAGCAACAGCCACCCUACCUCAGCCUCCCAUGCCCCCCUCCUAUCUCACCCACCCCUUCCGACCCCCACAGCAGUAGCAAGAGCAGGGGGGGAAGCAGACGGAGGGGGCCAUCAGGAAUCCGCAAGUGCAGCUGGGGUGGCAGGUUCUGCAGCAGGGAUGGCGGUAGGAGGAGCAGGAGGAAUGGCAGGAGGGGGGGCAGGAGGAGGAGGAGCGGAUGAGGCGAUGGAGCUGUAUUCGAGCUUGCUGGAGGACUUGGGUACCUGGGGAGGUGGGAGAGAGGUGGCCAACACAUGAUGCUGUGGAUGCUGCUGCAAGGACAGCAGUAGUACAAGGAGAGUGGGGCGGGAGGAGGCACUGGGUCUGUGCUCACCAUGAAUGCCAGGAGGAGGAGGAGGGGGGGGUGAGGCACUGGUGCUGUAUUCGAGCUUGUUGGAAGACUUGGGGAUGUGGGGGGGUGGGAGAGAGGUGGCCAACACGUGAUGCUGGGGACAAGGGCAGUGCGUGAUUGUGGUGGUUGCUGCACCAAUAAUGGCAGGAGGAGCAGGAGGUAGGGGGGAUGAGGCACUGGUGCUGUAUUCGAGCUUGCUGGAGGACUUGGGGACGUGGGGGGGUGGGAGAGAGGUGGCCGACACGUGAUGCUGGGGACAAGGGCAGUGCGUGAUUGUGGUGGUUGCUGCACCAAUAAUGGCAGGAGGAGCAGGAGGUAGGGGGGAUGAGGCACUGGUGCUGUAUUCGAGCUUGCUGGAGGACUUGGGGACGUGGGGGGGUGGGAGAGAGGUGGCCGACACAUGAUGGUGAUGGUGGCGGUGGCAGCACGGAUACCACAAGCGCAUAGUGGCAAAGGCACCAACCAACACAUGUGGAUGGUGGCACUGGUACAAGCAUAUAAUGGCAUAGGCACCAACACAUGGUGGUGAGGUGACAUGGAUACAAGCGCGUAGUGGCAAGGGCACCAACCAACACAUGCGGAUGGUGGCAAACGCACCAAAAAGUGUGCUGCUGCUGCAUGUGACUGGCAUGGAUUAGGUAUUGCAGGCCACAUACCGGUAUUUUGAGCUGCAUAGUGUACUAGUCAGCUAUAUAUGAAUAAUAGUACUCAUAGAAUAUAGCCUUCAAGGCAACAUGGUAAGGGUGUUGGAUUAGUGUACUGAAGUUGAUUAUGGUUUGAU